AUGUCGAGAAAGCUGCAUCCAGACCUUCCUCACCACCCAAAGUCCCCAAAGACUAUGCGGGCGGUGAUGUUUGUGGGCCUUGGCAGGGUCGAGACUCGCGACGUGCCAUUCCCGGAGAUCGAAGAGCCAGAGGACGUCAUUCUCCGCAUCACGACCUCUGCAAUCUGUGGGAGUGACCUGCACAACUACCGUGGCUAUUUCGGCCCGCCGAAAUUCCCCUAUGUCAUCGGCCACGAAGCGGUCGGCGUGGUUUACAAAGUCGGCCCUGCGGUCGACAGCUUCAAGGUUGGCGACCGUGUUAUCACGUCUAUACCUGACGACCGGCCCAUCGGGACCAAGAAUUCCUUCUCUUCGCCAGCGAUCGAGCUGCUUGUAGGGGGAGAAUUCGGGACACAAGCCGAAUUUAUGCGCAUACCAUUCGCAGACAGCUCCUUGAUCCCCAUCCCCAAUCGCAUUUCCGACAAGGAAUGGAUCAUGGUCAGCGAUGCCUUUGCCACGGCAUGGCAGGGGUUGGACUGGGCUGGAUUCCAACCCGGUGAUUCCGUGGCUGUUUUUGGAGCUGGCCCACUUGGUCUAACUAAUCGGCUGGAAAAAGCCGUCGAGAUUGGACCCGCCGUCAUCCCGAUCAACUUUCUCAAGAAAAAGGCGAGCGAGCAGAUACUCGAGACGAGUCCCGGCGGCGUCAACCGCGCCGUCGACUGCGUAGGCCAGGAAGGGGUCAACCAGGAGCUCAAGCUGCAGUGGGACUACGUCCUGCGCGAGUGUAUCCACGUAACCACCCACGGCGGUGGCGUCGGCCUCAUCGGCGCAUAUGCCAAAUUCCCCAAGUCGGAAGGCGUACCCAAAGCCGAUGAGGUCCCAGAGGAGCUUAGCGUCCCGGUGGCCGAGCUUUUCUCAAAACAGCUCUCCAUCAAGGCCGGUCAUCUCGAUCCGCCGCGAACAGCUCGCCAGUUGGUGAGUUUGGUUGAGAAUGGGCGCGCCAAGCCGUCGUUCAUCGUUGACGAGGGCCCCUUCGAUCUGGAUCAGGCGCCCGAGCUGUACCGCCGCUUCAACGAGGGCAAAAUCAUCAAGGUUUUGUUCAAAGGCGCACCCAGGCCGGAGGAGUGGGAGCAGUGUGGCGAGAAGAGCACGACUGAAGGACAGGUCAACGGUCACAGUGCUUAG